AUGUCAUCGUUGAUUAUUUUAUCACCAACUGCACAUAGAACUACUGUUAAAGUUACUCCCAAUAAAAUUUUACAAGAGAUUUUAGAAGAAGCGUGUCUAAAGCAAGGUUUAGUUCCGGAAAAUUAUAAAUUGGUAUAUCAAAAAAAAGUCAUUGAUUUAUCUUUGCCCUUUCGUUUAUCUGGAUUAAGCAAUGGUACAACAUUAAAUUUACAAUACUUUGUGUCAUCCUCUGAUAAUUUUCAAUGCACGAUUGCUCUACAAGGUCCUUCUGGUUCACGAGAACAAAAAGUUUUAUCAAAUACUUUAACACUAUUGGAGGUAUUAGAAAAUUUUUCAGUUGAAUUAACAUCAGAAGAAAAACAUCCUGUUGUUAUGUUUAUGAAUAAAAACUUUAUUGGUGUUGAGGAAUUAAAAUCAAAAACAUUAAAAUCAAUUGGUAUAAAAAAUGAUCGCGUAUUAAUUAAAUAUGACUUUCGAGUAUUGAGUGAAGAAGAAAAACUUGAACUUAAGAAAAGAUUGAAUGAAGAGACUAAACAAAGAAAAAAAAUGGAAGAAAUUUUUCUUUUGAAAAAAAAGGAAAAUGAGGAGCGAGAACUAUUGAAAGUUAAAAUGGAACAAGAAAGUAAAUUGAGAAAUGAAUUCUAUGAAGCAAAAAAUAGACAAAGAGAAAUUGAACUAGAAAAAUUGAAAAAAGAAUAUCUUGAAGAACUAAAAAAAGAAGAAUUGAAAAGUGAAGAAUUAAAAAAUGAAGAAUAG